AUGGAGGCGUUGGGAAUGCAAGCGGUUUACAACAAAAACUAUUCCCGCUUGAUCUUUGGGAAGUUCAUCCAAUCACUUCUCCCAGAGGUGGGAACAUCAAGGGGGAUGGCAUCCGACUGUCUCCUUUUCAUUUACCACAUAACGUAAUGAGGACCUAUUAAGACUACCUUACGUUUUGCUUUACAGUAAACAUACUGAGGCCUUGGACUCAAAUGUACACUAAUGGACCUAAUGGAGGACAAGACUGUGCAUGAAUGUACUGAGCCUGGACCUUACUGUGAUGUCUUGGUUGGCUUAGAGAUGUAUUUAUCUGUCUUUGUUUCACUUGAACUUUAACCUUAGAUUACUUAAAAGAACCGUUUUGGUGAGGCAGAACCCUGGUGGACCUGGAGAGAGGAACUUCAUAUCUUCUAUGCUCGCUGGCCGGGGCAGACAAGACCAAGAGGUACGUUCAUUCAUACAGAGACUCCUUGACUGGAGUCGAAGUAGAGUUAUUGGCCAAAAACAUUGUAUGGAAUUUCAUUGGAGGCUGGUGAAGGGGGACGGAUCAUAGUAAUGGCUGGAAUGGAAUUCAAUGGGAACGGUAUCAAACACAUGGAAAACCAUUGUUUCUGAGUGACACCAGCCCACUGUACAGAAUCAACUAAAGUGCCUCACUUGCUCAUGAAGCGGUACAGACAUUCAAAGCGGUACCAGACAUUCAAAGCGGGGGGUACCGAUCACAAGUCUGGAACCAACAGGAUCCUGAACAGGCUUCUACCCCAAGCCAUAAGACUGAUAAAUAGCUAGUGAAUUAGAACCAAUUAGCUACCAGGAUUAUCUGCACUGACCCUUUCGAACAAACUCUGUGCCCACACCCUGGACUCUACCACACACUGGACUCUACCCACAAACUGGACUCUACCCACACACGGGACUCUACCACACUGGAUCUACCCACCACGGACUCUACCCAACACACUGGACUCUACCCACCACUGAAUCUACCCACACACUGGACUAUACCACACGGAUCUACCACACACUGGACCUACCCACCAACUGGGACUCUACCCACACAUGGACUCUACCCACACACUGACUCUACCCACAACACUGACUCUACCACCACUGGACUCUACCCAAACAAAUGGGACUCUACCACACACUGGAAUCUACCACACACUGGGGAAAUCUAACCCACACUGGAUCGACCCACAAACUGACUCUACCCACACACGGGACUAUACCCACACACUCACUGGACUAUACCCACACACUGAUCUACCCACACACUGGACUCUACCCACACACUGGAUACCACACACUGGACUCUAACACACAUGGACUCUACCCACAACUGGACUUCUACCACACAAUGGACUCUAACCACACAAAUGGACUCUACCUACACCUGCGACUCUACCACACAAUGGACUCUACCACCACACCUGGACUCUACCCACAACAACGGACUCUACCCACACACUGGACCUACCCAACACUGGACUCUACCCAUACACUGGACUAUACCCACACACGGACUUACCACACACUGGACUCUACCCACACACUGGACUCUACACACACUGGGACUUACCCACACACUGGACUCUACCCACACACGGACUCUCCCACCACACUGGACCUACCCACACACUGGGCUCUACCCACACACGGACUUACCCACACACUGGACUCUACCCACAACUGGACUCUACCCCCACACACUGGACUCUACCCACACACUGGACUCUACCCACACAUGGACUAUACCCACACCACUGGACUCUACCCACACACUCACACACACGGACUCUACCAAACAACUGACUCUACCCACACACUGGACUCUACCCACACACUGGACUCUAACCCACACAUGACUCUACCCACACACUGACCUCUACCACACACUGGACUCUACCACACACUGAUAUUACCCACACACGUACUUACCCACACACUGGACUCACCCACAUGACUCUUACCCACACACUGGACUCUACACACACUGGACUCUACCCCACACUACAACAUACUACAUUGACAUCCCCCCACACACACAAUACAUACGCCACAACACACACACACAUGCAUACUGACACCACACACACAACACACACACACACUCUCACAACACACACACACACACACACACACAACUUUUCACAUCACCACACUGCACUAUUAUCUAUCCUGUUGUCUAGUCCUUACCCAUACCUUAAGUAUACUGGCUGAUACUGUCAUUAUCAUCCUGUUGUCUCUAGGCCUUUACCCCUAACCUCAGUAUACUGCUGUGCUACUGUCUAUUAUCUUAUCCUGUUGCCUAGUCCCUUGUACCCCUACCACAGUAUACUGCUGCUACUGUCUAUUAUCUAUCUGUUGCUAGUCCCUUUACCCCGACCUACAGGUAUACUGCUGCUACUGUAUAUUAUCUAUCCUGUUGUCUAGUCCCUUUACCCUCCCUACAGAUACUGUGCUACUGUCUAUUAUGAUCCUGUUGUCUAGUUCACUUUACCCCUAACCUACAGUACUGAUGCUUACUGUCUAUUAUCUAUCCUGUUGCCUAGUCAAUUUUACCCUACCGACAGUAUACUGCUGCUACUGUCGAUUAUCUAUCCUGUUGUCUAGUCCCUUUACCCAUACCUACAGUUAUACUGCUGCUACGGUCUAUUUAUCUAUCUGGUGCCUAGUCACUUUACCCCCUACCUACAGUAUACGCUUGCUACGGUCUAUUAAUUCUAUCCUGUGUCAGUCACUUUACCCAUACCUACGUAUACUGCUGCUACUGUUCUAUUAUUAUCCUGUUGUUAGUCCCUUUACCCCUACCUACAUUAUACUGUGCUACUGUCUAUUAUCUAUCCGGUUGUGCCUAGUCCUUUACCCCUACUACGUAUACUGCCUGCUACUGUCUAUUAUCUAUUCCGUUGUCUAGUCAUUUACCCCAUACUACAGUAUACUGCUUUGCGCUACGUCUAUCGAUCCUAUCGUUAGUCACUUUACCCCUAACCUACAGUAUACUGCUGCUACUGUCUUUAUCUAUCCUGUUGUCUAGUCCCUUUACCCUACCUACAGUAUAUGCUGCGAUGUCUAUUUCUAUCUAUUGCCUAGUCACUUUACCCCUACCUACAGUUACUGAUGCUACGUCUUAUUAUCUAUCUGUUGCCUAGUCACUUACCCCUGACCUACAGUAUACUGCUGCUACGUCUAUUAUCUAUCCUGUUGUCUAGUCACUUUACCCCUACCUAACAGUAUACUGCUGCUACUGUUCUAUUAUCUAUCUGUUUGUUCUAGUCACUUACCCCUACCUACGUAUAACUGCUGCUACUGUCUAUUAUCACCGGUGUCUAGUCACUUUACCUACCUACAGUAUACUGCUUGCUAAUGUCAUUAUCGAUCCUGUUGACUAGUCGAUUUACCCAUACCUAAAGUAUACUGCUUGAGAGUUGUAUAUUAUCUAUACUGUUGCUAGUUCCCGUUACCCCUACCACAGUAUACUGCUGUACUGUCUAGAUCAUCCGGUUGGCCUAGCACUUUACCCCUACCUACAGUAUUACUGCGGAUACUGUCAUUAAUCUAUCCUGUUGUCUAGUCACUUUACCCCUACCUACAGUAUACGCUGAUUACUGUCUAUAUCUAUCCUGUUGUCUAGUCACUUACCCUACACAGAUAUACUGCUGCUACUGCUAUUAUAUAUCCUGUUGUCUAGUCACUUACCCCUACCUACAGUAUACUUGCCUUGUACUGGCUAUUUCUAGCCUGUUGUCUAGUCCUUACCCUCCUACAGUAUACUGCUGCUACUGUUAUGAUUAUCAUGUUGUCUAUGUCACUUACCCCUUACCAAGAAUAUGACUGCUAAUGUCUAUCUAUUAUCUAUCCUGUUGACUAGUCACUUUACCCCCUACCUACAGUAUACUGCUGCUAGUGUCUAUUAUAUAUCCUGUUGUCUCGUCCCUUUAUCCCUACUACAGUAUACUGCUGCUACUGUCAUUAGAUAUCCUGUUGUCUAGUCCUUAAGGGGUAAACUUCCUGUAUAUAGCCAGUUAUUCCUACUUCCUUGUAUAUAGCCAUUGUUUAUUUUUUACUUCCUGUAUAUAGCCAUUUAUUUUCUACUCCUGUAUAGCCAUGUUAUUUUCUACUUCCUGUUAUCGCCAUGUUAUUUUUCUACUUCCUGAUAUGCCAGGUUAUUUCUACUUCCUUUAUAUAGCCUGUUACUGCAUACUUCCUUGUAAUAUAGCACAGUUACUUUCUACUAAGGUAGAUAUAGCCAUGUUAUUUCCUAAUUCCUGUAUAUAGCCAUGUACUUCCUAUUUCCUGUAUAUAAGCCAUGUUAUUUUUCUGACUUCCUUGAUAUAGCCAUGUUAAUUUAUACUUCCGGUAUAUAGCCAUGGUAUUUUAUAUUAAUGUAUAUAGCAUGUUAUUUUCUACUUCCUGUUGUAUAUAGCCAUGUUUUCUUUUAUUUCCUGUAUAUAGCCAUGUUAUUUUACUUCCUGUAUAUAGCCAGUUAUUUAUGACUCCUGUAUAUAGCCAUGUUAAUUCUACUCCUGUGAUAUAGCCAGUUAUUUCUUUAAUUCCUGUAUAUAGCCAUGUACUCUACUUCUGUAUAUAGGCCAUGGAUUUCUACUUCAGUAUAUAGCCAUGGUUAUUUUCUACUUCCGGGAUAUAGCCAUGAUUUUCUACUUCCUGUAUAAGCAUGUUUAUUUAUGACUUUCUGUUGUAUAUAGCCAUGUUAAUUAUACUCCCAUGUUAUUUUAAUCGUUAUUAGUUGUAUUUAUUCCAUGUCACAAUUAAUUAUUAUCAAAUAUAUAUAUUUUCAUUAUCUUGAACUCUGCAUUGAUAAGUAAGGUUUCCACGUUAGUUUACACCGUUACGAAGCAUUGUGAACAAAUACCUGUGUAUCCCAGUGGGUAGAGCAUGGCGCUUUGCAACGCCAGGUUGUGGGUUCGUUCCCAGGGGGACCAGUAUGAAAAAAAUGUAUGCAAUCACUAACUGUAGUCGCCUAUGGAUUAAGAGGUCUGCUAAAUGACUCCUCUAAAAUGGCCCCCCCCCCCCCCACAAAUGUAAAAUACAGUGGGACUUUGUGUUAUCUCUAGAAAAGGUAAUUUCAUGGAGAAAAUGUGACCGCUUGCUUCAACUGCUUAAAGUUAUUUUCGGUCUGUGUUCAGAGCUGACUUCUGUCUGAGGGCCCGGAGUAGUACCUCUACAUGAGUCAGUCUGGCUGUCUGUUGAAAGGACAGGAGCCUAGACGACCUGCAGCUCUACGACAGUUAUGGUGGGCUGUCUGUACUUCACAAGCUGCCACCAGAAGGGCGCAAUAAACCCAGCGCCGGUAUUCAACACACGUCUCAGAUUAGGAGUGCCAAUUUAAGAUCAGGUCCUCUCUGUCCUGUCAUUUAUUCUAUGAUCUUAUUGGAAAGCUGAUACUAGACACUCAUACUCGGGAUACUUUGGAACAUGGGGGGCCCUGCAGAUGUAUUAAUCCAGUUGGGUCAUAGAAGGAAAAUAUAAUCUCUCUGUCUCUGGCUGCCACCAGGAGGCUUUAAAGGUGAUGGAGGUCAGUGCGGAGGAGAUACGUGCGUCUUCUCAAGCUGAUGUCUGCUGGUCUCCUGAUAGGGAAAAUAGAAUUCAUGACCGCCGAGAGGCAGCACAAAUAUCACAUCCAAAGGAGGUGAGAGGAGGAGGAAGGAGGGAGGGAGGGGGAGAUGGGAGGAGGGAGGUGGAGGGAGUGAGAGAGAGAGGAGAGGGGAGGGAGGGAGAGGAGGGGGAGCGGGAGUUAAAGAGAGGAGAGGAGGGAGGAGGGAGAGAGGAGGGGAGGAAGGGUUAAAGGAGAGGAGGGGGGAGAACCGAGAGGAGGGAGGGAGGGAGGUUAAAGGGGAGGAGAGAGUUGGGAGAGGGGAGGGAGGCGAAGGGAGGUGGGAGGAGAGGGGCCGGGAGGGAGGUGAAAGGAGAGGAGGGAGGGAGGGAGAGGGGGAGGGGAAGGGAGGGAGGUUAAAUGAGAGGGAGGAGAGGGGAGGAGAGGGAGGGAGGCGGAAGGGAAGGAAGGAAAGAGAGAGAGGGAGGAGGUUUUAAAUGGGAGGAGGGAGAGAGAGAGAGAGGGAGGGAGGGAGGGAGGGAUGAGAGAGAGAAGAAGGAAGGGAGGGAGGUGAGAGGAGAGGGGAGGAGAGAGAGGGAGGGAGGGAAGGAAGGACAGAGAGAGGGAGGGAGGUUAAAGGAGAGGAGAGGGGAGGAGAGAGAGAGAGGGAGGGAGGGAGAGAAGGAAGGUUAAAGGAGAGGGGAGGAGAGAGAGGGAGGGAGGGAGGGAGGGAGGGAGGUUAAAGGAGAGGAGGUUAUUCUAAUGCAUGAUAGUGAAGAAGCUGAGGUAACAUUUCAGUUAAAGACAAAGCCUGCUGAGAAAAACUAUAUACAGUGCCUUCAGAAAGGAUUCAGACCCCUUAACCUUUUAAUGUUUUAAUUAAGUUGCCUCUCAAUCUACACACAAUACCCCAUAAUGACAAAGCGAAAACAGGAAAUAUCUUAUUUCCAAAGUAUUCAGAACCUUUGUUAUGAGACUCGAAAUUGAUCAUCCUUGAGAUGUUUCUACAACUUGAUUGGAGUCCACCUGUGGUAAAUUCUAUUGAUUGGACAUGAUUUGGAAAGGCACACACCUUUCUAUAUAAGGUCCCACAGUUGACAGUGCAUGUUAGAGCAAAAACCAAGCCAUGAGGUCGAAGGAAUUGUCCGUAGAGCUCCGAGACAGGAUUGUGUUGAGGCACAGAUCUGGGGAAAGGUACCAAAAAAUGUCUGCAGCAAUUGAAGGUCCCCAAGACACAGGGCCUCCACCAUUCUUAAAUGGAAGAAGUUUGGAACCACCAAAGACUCUUCCUAGAGCUGGCCGCCCGGGCCAAUGAGCAAUCGUGGGAGAAGGGCCUGGUCAGGGAGGUGACAAGAACCCGGUGGUCACUCUGACAGAGGUCCAGAGUUUACUCAGUGGAGAUGGGAGAAACCUUCCAGAAGGACAACCAUCUCUGCCAGCACUCACAACAAUUCAGGCCUGUAUCUAGAGUGGCCAGACGGCUCUCUGGUCUGAUUGAACCAGAUUGAUGAUUUGUCUGAUGCCAAGCGUCAGUCUUUCUUUGAGGGGGAACCUGGCACCAUCCUACGUGAAGCAUGGUGGGGUGCAGCAUAUGCUGUGGGGAUGUUUUCAGCGGCAGGGACUGGAGACUAGUCAGAAGUGAGGGAAAGAUUAAUGGAGAAAGUACAUAGAGAUCCGUGAUGUGAAAAUGCUCCAGAGCGCCAGGGACCUAAGACUGGCGAAGUUUCACCUUCCAACAGGACAAAAACCCCUAAGCAACACAGUCAAGACAACGCAAGGAGUGGCUUCAGGACAAGUCUCUGAAUGUCCUUGAGGGCCCAGCCAGAGCCCGGAACUUGACCGAUCGAACAUCUAUGGAGGAGACCAGAAAAUAGAUUUGCAGCAACGCUCCCCACAACCUGACAGAGCUUGAGAGGAUCUGAGAGAAGAAUGGGAGAAAACUCCCAAAUACGGUGUGCCAAAGCGUGUAGCGUCAUACAAGAAGACUCAAGGCUGUAAUCGCUGCCAAGGUGUGUGUGCUGUCAACAAGUACUGAGUAAAGGGUCUGACUAACUUAUGUAAAUGUCAUAUUUCAGUCUUUUGUCUUUUAACAUUUACAAAAAAUAUCUAAAAAACUGUUUUUGCUUUGUCAUUAGGGUAUUGUGUGUAGACUGAUGAGGGGAAAAAAAUUAUUUAAUGUAAUGCACUGUAUAAUAAAACGAUAUUAUAAAACAUAUAUAUAUAUUAUGUAAAUCAAACUAUAUAAAACGAUAUAUAUAAACUAUAUUACAUUUACAUUUCAGUCAUUUAGCAGACGCUCUUAUCCAGAGCGACUUACAGUUAGUGAGUGCAUACAUUUUUUCAUACUGGCCCCCCGUGGGAAAUGAACCCACAACCCUGGCGUUGCAAGCGCCAUGCUCUACCAACUGAGCUACAGGGGACUUAUAUAUUAAACUAUAUAUAUACAACUAUAUAGCAAACUAAUAUAUAUAUAAAACUAUAUAUAUAAAAAAAUAUAUAAACCUAUAUAUAUAUGUAUAUAUAUAUAUAUAUAUAUAAAAAAAUAUAUAAAACUAUAUAUAUAUAAUUAUGUAUAUAAAACUAUAUAAAAUCAUAUAUAUAAACUAUAUAUACAACUAUAUAUUAAACUAUAUAUAUAAAACUAUAUAUAAAACGAUAUAUAUAUAUAUAUAUAUAACUAUAUACAGUGGGGGAGAACAAGUAUUUGAUACACUGCCGAUUUUGCAGGUUUUCCCUACUUACAAAGCAUGUAGAGGUCUGUAAUUUUUAUCAUAGUGUAACUUCAACUGUGAGAGACGGAAUCUAAAACAAAAAUCCAGAGAAAAUCACAUUGUAUGAUUUUUAAGUAAUUAAUUUGCAUUUUAUGCAUGACAUAAGUUUUUUAUACAUCAAGAAAGCAGAACUUAAUAUUUGGUACAGAAACCUUUGGUUUGCAAUUACAGAGAUCAUACGUUUCCUGUAGGUCUUGACCAGGUUUGCACACAUUGUAGCAGGGAUUUUGGCCCACUCCUCCAUACAGACCUUCUCCAAAUCCUUCAGGUUUCGGGGCUGUCGCUGGGGCAAUACGGACUUUCAGCUCCCUCCAAAGAUUUUUCUAUUGGGUUUCAGGUCUGGAGACUGGCUAGCCACUCCAGGACCUUGAGAUGCUUCUUACAGAGCCACUCCUUAGUUGCCAAGGCGGUGUUGUUUCGGGUCGUUGUCAUGCUGGAAGACCCAGUCACGACCCAUCUUCAAUGCUCUUACUGAGGGAAGGAGGUUGUUGGCCAAGAUCUCGCGAUACAUGGCCCCAUCAAUCCCUCCCCUCAAUACGGUGCAGUCUUCCUGUCCCCUUUGCCAGAAAAGCAUCCCCCAAAGAAUGAUUUUUCCACCUCCAUGCUUCACGGUUUGGGAUGGUGGUUCUGGGGUUGUAACUCAUCCUUCUUCGUCCUCCAAACACGGCGAGUUGGGAGUUUAGACCAAAAGCCUCUAUUUUUGUCUCCUCAGACCACAUGACCCUUCUCCCCAUUCCUCCUCUGGAUCAUCCAGCUGGUCAUUGGCAAACUUUCAGACGGGCCUGGACAUGCGCUGGCUUGAGCAGGGGGGACCGUUGCGUGCGCUGCAGGAUUUUAAUCCAUGACGGCGUAGUGUGUUACUAAUGGUUUUCUUUGAGACGGUGGUCCCAGCUCUCUUCAGGUCAUUGACCAGGUCCUGCCGUUGUAGUUCUGGGCUGAUCCCUCACUUUCCUCAUGAUUAUUGAUGCCCCACGAGGUGAGAUCUUGCAUGGAGCCCCAGACCGAGGGGUGAUUGACCGUCAUCUUGAACUUCUUCCAUUUUCUAAUAAUUGCGCCAACAGUUGUUGCCUCUCACCAAGCUCGCAUUGCCUAUUGUCCUGUAGCAUCCCAGCCUUGUGCAGGUCUACAAUUUUAACCUGUGAUGUCCUUAAACAGGCUCUGGUCUUGGCCAUUGGGAGAGGUGGAGUCUGUUUGAUUGCGUGUGUGACAGGUGUCUUUUAUACAGGUAACGAGUCAAAACAGGUGCAGUUAAUACACGGUAAUGAGUGGAGAACAGGAGGGACUCUUAAAGAAAAAAGAACAGGUCUGGGAGAGCCGGAAUUUCUUAUGGUUGGUUAGUGAUCAAAGACUUAUGGUCAUGCAAUAAAAAAUGCAAAUGAAUUACUUAAAAAUCAUUUAACAAGUGCUUUUCUGGAUUUGUUUUCGAUUCUGUCUCUCACAGUGAAGUUGUACCCCUGAUAAAAACUUACAGACUCUACAUGCUUUGUAAGUAGGAAAACCUGCAAAUUCGGCAGUGUAUCAAAUACUUGUUCUCCCCACUGUAUAUAAAACUAUAUAAACUACCAGUCAAAAGUUUUAGAACACCUACUCAUUCAAGGGUUUUUCUUUAUUUUUUACUAUUUUCUAAUAAUAGUGAAGACAUCAAAUCUAUGAAAUAACACAUAUGGAUAUGUAGUAACCAAAAAGUGUUUGAACAAAUCAAAAUAUUAUUUAUAUUUGAGAUCUUCAAAUAGCCACCCUUUGCCUUGAUGACAGCUUUGCGCACACUUUGCAUUCUCUCAACCAGCUUCUCUCAAUGAUACUGGACUAUCUCUCUCCAGUGGUCAGUAACAUAUCUGUCUGUCUCUCUCUCCAGUGGUCAGUAACAUAUCUGUCUGUCUCUCUCUCCAGUGGUCAGUAACAUAUCUGUCUGUCUCUCUCUCCAGUGGUCAGUAACAUAUCUGUCUGUCUCUCUCUCAAGUGGUCAGUAACAUAUCUGUCUGUCUCUCUCUCAAGUGGUCAGUAACAUAUCUGUCUGUCUCUCUCUCCAGUGGUCAGUAACAUAUCUGUCUGUCUCUCCUCGCAGUGGUCCAAGUAAACAUGUCUGUCUCUCUCUCCAGUGGUCAGUAACCAAUCUUGGCUCGUCUCUAUAUCCAGUGGUCAGUAACAUAUGUCUGUCUCUCUCUACAGUGGUCAGUAAACAUAUCGUCUGUCUAUCUCCUCCAGUGCGUCAGUAACAGAUAUGUCGGUCUCUCUCUCCAGUGGUCAUUACAUAUAUGUUCUGUCUCUCUCUCCAGUGGUCAGUAACAUAUCUGUCUGUCUCUCUCUCCAGUGGUCAGUAACAUAUCUGUCUGUCUCUCUCUCCAGUGGUCAGUAACAUAUCUGUCUGUCUCUCUCUCCAGUGGUCAGUAACAUAUCUGUCUGUCUCUCUCUCAAGUGGUCAGUAAACAUAUGUCUGUUCUCUCUCAAGUGUCAGUUAAUCAUAUCUGUCUGUCUCUCUCUCAAGUGGUCAGUAACAUAUCUGUCUGUCUCUCUCUCCAGUGGUCAGUAACAUGUCUGUCUCUCUCUCCAGUGGUCAGUAACAUAUCUGUCUGUCUCUCUCUCCAGUGGUCAGUAACAUAUCUGUCUGUCUCUCUCUCCAGUGGUCAGUAACAUAUCUGUCUGUCUCUCCUCAGUGAGUCAGUAACAUAUUGUCUUGUCCUCUCUCUCCAGUGGUCAGUAUACAUAUCUGUCUGUCUCUCUCUCCAGUGCGUCAGUUAACAAUAUGUUGUCUCUAUCUCCAGUGGUCAGUAACAUAUCGUUGUCUUCUCUCAACGGGGUCAGUAACAGUCUGUCUGGCUCUCUCUCCAGGUGGCAGUAACAUAUCUGUCUGUCUCUCUCGCCAGUGUUAGUAACAUAUCUGUUGUCCUCUCUCUCAGUGGUUAGUAACAUGUCUGUCUCUCUCCAGUGGUUAGUAACAUAUGUCUGUCUCUCUCUCCAGUGGUCAGUAACAUAUCUGUCUGUCUCUCUCUCCAGUGGUUAGUAACAUGUCUGUCUGUCUCUCUCCCAGUGGUCAGAACAUAUCGUUCUGUUCACUCUCUCCAGUUUUGUCAGUAACAUAUCUGUCGUCCUCUCUCAAGUAAGUGAGUCAGUACUAUCUGUCUGUCUCUCUCUCAGUGGUCAGUCAACAUAUCGUCUGUCUUCUCUCCAGGAGUCGGUAACAGUCUGUCUCUCUCUCCAGUGGUAGUAAUAUAUCUGUCUGUCUUCUUCAAGUGGUCAGUAACAUUAUCCUGUCUGUCUCUCUCUCCAGUGGUCAGUACAUAUCUGUAUGUCUCUCUCUCAAAGUGGACAGUAACAUAUCUGUCGGUAUAUCUAUCAAGUGGUCGUAACAUAUCUGUGUCUUUUCUCCAGUGGUCAGUAACAUAUCUGUCUGUCUCUCUCUCCAGUGGUCAGUAACAUAUCUGUCUGUCUCUCUCUCCAGUGGUCAGUAAAACAUCUGCUGUCUCUCUCUCCAGUGGUCAGUAACAUAUCUGUCUGUCUCUCUCUCCAGUGGUCAGUAACAUAUCUGUCUGUCUCUCUCUCCAGUGGUCAGUAACAUAUCUGUCUGUCUCUCUCUCCAGUGGUCAGUAACAUGUCUGUCUCUCUCUCCAGUGGUCAGUGUAAACAUAUCUGUCUGUGCUCUCCUCCAGUGGUCAGUAACAUGUCUGUCUCUCUCUCCAGUGGUCAGUAACAUAUCUGUCUGGCUCUCUCUCCAGUGGUCAGUAAUGUCAGUGAUCUGCUGGGUCUGGACUCGUUCCAGCUGUCUGAGGUUCUGACCCAGAGGUCCAUGAUCCUGAGAGGAGAGGAGAUCUGUUCACCCCUUACUGUUGAACAGGUAAGAGCCCCGCCCCUCUGCCACGCCCUGUCUGGCCUUAACCUGUCCCACCUACUCCUAACAAUGAGAAAGGAAAACAACUGAGCCGGCACAGUACAGUUCGGGGGGAACAAUAGUGUGAAAAGGGUAUAAAAAAAAAACCCCCCAAAAAAAAAACAAAAAAAAAAAAAAUGGGGUAGUAAUUUAUCCCCUGACAUAAUCUCGGUUAACCCAGAACUAAAGUCUUGCAUAAUUGGUCAGAUGCUCGAUUAAAGACAUGCUCCGGAACUUUGGUGACUAGUAAGUAUAUUUUAUUCCACUUGGCGAGGUGUUGAGUGUUAUAAAGGAAUGUUUUACUCCAGUAGCCAGGAAAAUCUCUAGUUUGAAAGCGGAGUUUUCUGGAAGCUGUGCGGCGCCAUUCUACCUACAUUUUCCGCCCACGUGGGCUAGCCCCCUAGCAAUUAGAGUUUCAGCCAAUGAGAUUCAGCCCCUUGCCAUUUGAGUGACAGCAGAGAGAGAGAGAGGGCAAUGACGUGGUACACGUAUGUGACGGUGAGUGCUACUUUCAGAACUACUGGCUAAAAAGUAUAUAAACGAACCGGAGAAUCUCUUUAAGUUCUGGGUCCAUACAUUGGUAGAGAAGCGAUUUUAUUUAAGUCCACCCUCUCUCUCUUUGCCAGUGACGGGCGAUGUCCCCUCCCCUUCCGAAAUUCGAAAGAUGCUAACCACCUGGGAAAUCGUGAUUAAAAACCCAAGUACCAGAACUAAUGUUGCUGAUCUCACUAAUCUAGUUGUAUCAUGACAGAUCUAUGGUACCAGUUCUGUUUAUGUAGUCUGUCCACCAGAAAUUAGUCCUGACAACUGACAUUAGAGAUUAGCCCUGACAACUUGACACCUGUGCUUUUUCUAUCUAUCUCCGCUAUAAGAACAGGCAUCUCUCUCUCUCUAUCCCCCCAUGGACUGUAUCUCUCUCUACUCGAUUACCAUGACCUGUCUCUCUCUCUAUCCCCCAUUGCCUGUCGCUCUCUCUAUCCCCAUGCCUGCUCUCUCUCGUCUAUGAUAUCACCCAGCCUGUCCUCUCUUCUCUAUCCCCCAUGCCUGUCUCUCUCUCCUAUCCCCAUGCCUGUUCUAUCUCUCUCUAUCCCCCAGGCCUGUCUCUCUCUCUCUCUAUCCCCCAUUGCCUCGUCUCUCUAUAAUCCACCCAGCUGUCUCUCUCUCUAUCCCCCAUGCCUCUCUCUGCUAUAUAUAAUCACCCAUGCCUGUCUCUCUCUCUCAUACCCCCAUGCCUGUCUUCUCUCUCUUAGCCCCCAUGCCUGUCUCUCAUCUAUCCCCUGCCCUGUCUCUCUAUCUCUAUCCCUAUGCCUGUCUCUCUCUCUCUCUAUCCACCCAGGCCUGUCUCUCUCUCUCUCCUAUCCCCCAGCCUGUCACUCUUCUCUCUCCCCAUGCCUGUCUCUCUCUCUCACUUAUCCACCAUGCCUGUAUCUCUCUCUCUAUCCCCCAUGCGUCUACUUUAUAUCUAUAUCCCAAUGCCUUCGUUCUCCUCUAUCCCCAUGCCUGUCUUCUCUCUCUCCUCGCUCUCUCUCUCUCUCUCUCUAUGUCCUCUCUCUCUCUCUCUCUAUCGCUAUCCCCCAGGCCUGUCUCGUCUUUCUUCUAUCCCCAUUGCCUGUCUCUCUCUCUCUCUAUCCCCCAUGCCUGUCUCUCUCUCUCUUAUCCCACAUGCCUGUCUCAUCUCUCUCAUCCCAUGCAUGUCUCCUCUUGAUCCCCCAUGCCUUUCCUCUCUCUAUAUCCAAUGCCUUGUCUCUCUCUAUCACCAUGCCUGGCUCUCUCUCCUCUAUCCUAUGCCUGUCUCUAUCUCUCUAUCCAUCAUGCCUGCUCUCUCUCUCCCUCUAUACCCAUGCUGUCUCUCUCUCUCUCUCUCUCUUCUCGAUCCCCAUGCCUGUUCUCUCUCUCUCUCUAUUCCUCAUGCCUGUCUCUCUCUCUCUCUAUCCCCAUGCUGUCUUCUCUCUCUAUCAAUGGCCUCUCUCUCUCUCUCUCCUCUCUCACUCUCUCUAUCCCCCAUGCCGUCUCUUCCUAUCCCCAUGCCUGUCUUCUCGCUCUAUCCACAAUGCCUGUCCUCUCUACCACCUGCUGUCUCUCAUCUAUCCCCAUGCUGUCUCUCUCUCUCUUCUAUCCCCAUGCUGUCUUCUCUAUACCCCAUGCCUUUCUCUCUUCUCUAUCCCCUGCCUGUCUCUCUUAUCUAUCCCCCCAUGCCUGUCUCUCCUCUCUCUAUCCCAUGCCUGUUCUCUCUCUCUCUAUCCCAUAUGCCUGCAUCUUCUCCUACCCCCAUGCCUCGCUCUCUUCUCUCUCUCAUCCCCCAUGCCUCUCUCUCUCUGCUAUCCCAUGGCCUGUCUCUCUCUCUCUUUCCCAUGCCUCUCUCCUCUCUAUCUAUCCCCCUGCCGUCAUCUCUCUCUCAUCCAUCAUGCCGUCUCUCUCUCUCUAUCCCCCAUGCCUGUCGCAUCUCUCUAUCCCCAAAUUGCCUGUCUCUCCCGCUCUAUCCCCAUUGCCUGUCUCUCUCUCUCUAUCCCCAGCCUGUCGCUCUCUCUCUCUACUCUAUCCCCAUGCCUCUCUCCCCUCCGCUCUCUCUCUAUCUCUUCUCUCUCUUCUCUCUCUCUAUCUCUCUCUCUCUCCUCUUCAUCUCUAGAUCUAUCUCUGCUCUCUCUCUAUCUCUCUCGAUUCCACCAUGCAUUGUCUCCUCUCUCGCUCUAUCUCUGCUAUCUCUCUCUCUCUCUCUCUCUCUCUCUCUCUCUCUCUCUCUCUCUCUAUCCUCUACUAUAUCCCCAUAGCCUGUCAUCUCUCUCUCUCUCUCCUCUCUCUAUCCUCUCUCUCCUCUCUCUCUUCUCUAUCCCCCAUCCUGCUCUCUCUCUCCUCUAAUCCCCCAUGCCUGUCUCCUCUCUCUUUCCCUAUGCCUUGUCUCUCUCUCUCUCUCUAUCCCUAUCGCCUUGUAUACUCUCUCUCUCUAUAAUCCCCCAUGCCUGCCUCUCUCCUUCGCUCUAUCCAAUGCCUCUCUUUCUCUCUAUCCCCCAUGCUGUCUCUCUCUCUCUCUAUCCCAAGGCAUGUCUCUCUCUCUAUUAUCCCCAGUGCCUGUCUCUCUCUCUCUCCCCAUGCCUGUCUCUCUCUCUCUAUCCCCCCAUGCCUGUCUCUCUCCCAAUGCCUGUCUCUCUCUCUCCCCCAUGCCUGUCUCUCUCUCUCUAUUUCCCCCAGCCGUCUCUCUCUCUCUAUCCCAGGCCUUGGCUCUCUCUCUUCCCCAUGACUGUCUCUCUUUAUCACAUGCUGCUCUCUAUCCUCUCUCUAUCUAUCUAUCCCCAUGCAUAGUCUCUCUAAUCUCUCCUCUCUCUUAUCCCCAUGACUGUCUCUCUCUCAUUCCCAGCCGUCUCUCUCUCUCUCUCUCUUCCCAUGCCUGUGUUCUAUCUCCUCUCUCACCAUGCCUGUCUCUCUCUCUAUACAACCCAGCCGUAUCUCUCUCUCUCUAUCCCCAGUGCCGUCUCUCUUAUCUUCCCAACCCCCCCCCCCCCCCCCCCCCCCCCCCCCCCCCCCCCCCCCCCCCCCCCCUGCUUGUAUCCUAUCUCUAUCUAUCCCCAUGACCGUCUCUCUCUCUCUCCCAUGCCUUGUCUCUCUCUCGUCCCCCAGGCCUGGUCUACUCUCUCUCUAUCCCCAUGCCUGUCUCUCUCCUCUCUAUCCCCAUGCCGGUAUCUCUCUCUAUCCCCAUGCCUGUAUCUCUCUCUCUACCCAUGCCUGUCUCUCUCUCUCUAUCCAAUCCUGUCUCUAUCUCUCUAUCCCCCAUGACUGUCUCUCUCUCUCUUCCCAUGCCUGUCUCUCUCUCUCUCUCCCCAUGCCUGUCUCUCUCUCUAUCCCCCAUGCCUGUCUCUCUCUCUCUAUCCCCCAUGCUGUCUCUCUCUCUAUCCCCAUGCCUCUCUCUCUCUCUCUUCCACCAUGCCUGGGUCUCUGCUCUCCUCUCUCCCAUGAAAUGUAUAUCUAUCUCUAUCUCCCCAUGCCUGCUUGUUGUCUCUCUCUAUCCACCCAUGCACUGUCUCUAUCUCUCUCUCUAUCCCCUUGCCUGUCUCUCUAUAUCUCACAUGCCGGUCUCUCUCCCAUCCCUGCGUGACUUUGUACCAUUAGCUGUUCUUAGUGUGCCCAAUUCCUUAUACAAUAAAGGCCAGUGAUAAUGAUCAUUACCUGUUCUUAGUGUGCCAGAUUCCUCUGACCUACAGUAACACAACUUCUCCACUAGGGACAGUGUAACACACAACUGGAAACUACAUGGGACAGAAGCAGAAUUAGUCUCAUCUUUGGCUUCAACUGUCCAGACUACUAUCUAAUUUGAAUGAAUAUGUGAGAAAUAUAUUGCUGCAUUUGCUGCAUUUGCUGCAAUAUAUUGCUGCAUUUGCUGCAAUGAAUAUGUGAGAAAUAUAUUGCUGCAUUUGCAGUCUUUUUCACCAUCUUUAGGCCAAUAGAAAUCACCAUCUAUAGGCCAAUAGAAAUCUUUGAGGUUUGAAUUAUGGUAAAGUAUUCUUCGUGGAACUCGAGUCUCCUGCCCACAGAAUGUCAUAAAACGAAUUCAAAAUGCAGACAGCGCCGGGGUAAUUGUGAACUAUUGUGACGACCACAAGAAGAACACAAGAAACCUUUUCAUGAUUAAAACAAAGACCAGACCAGACCAGACCAGACCAGACCAGACCAGGGGCUGGUCUCUAACCCCAUGCCUGUCUCUCUCUCUCUAUCCCCCAUGCCUGUCCUCUCUCUCAUCCACCAUGCAUGUCUAUAUCUAUCUCUAUCCCCUGCUGUUCUCUCGCUCUCUUAUCCCCUGACGUCUUCUCUCUCGAUCCCCAUGCCGUCGCUCUCUCUCUAUCCCCCAUGCAGGUUAUCUCUAUCUCUCUAUACCCAUGCUGUCUCUCUCUCUCUCUAUUCCCCCAUCCUGGUCUCUCUAUCUUCUAUCCCCCAUGCCUGUCUCUCUCUCUCUCUAUCCCCCAUGCCUGUCUCUCUCUCUCUCUAUCCCCCAUGCCUGUAUCAUCUCUCUCUUAUCCCCCAUGCCUGUCUCUCUCCUCCUCUAUCCCCAUGCCUGUCCUCUCUCUAUCCCCCCAUGCCUUGUCUCUCUCUCUCUUAUCCCAGCCUGACUCUCUCUAUCCUAUCCCCCAUGCUGUCUCUCUCUCUCUAUCCCCCAUGCAUGUCUCUCUCUCUCUUCCCCCAGCCUGUCUCUCUCUCUCUAAUCCCCCAUGCCUGUCUCCUCUAUAAUCUAUCCCCAUGCCUGUCUCUCUCUCUUCUAUUCCCACAUGCCUGUCUCUCUCUCUCUCUAUACCCCAGCAUGUCUCUCUCUCUCUCUAUCCCCAAUGCCUGUAUCUCUCUCUCUAUCCCCCAUGCUGUCUUCUCUCACCCAUGGCCUGUCUCUCUCUCGAUCCACCAUGCCUUCUCGCUCUUCUUCCCCCAUGCCUGUCUCUCUCUCUCUAUCCCCCAUGCCUGUCUCUCUCUCUCUCUACCCCCAUGCCUGUCUCUCUUCUCUCUUAAUCCCCAUGAUGUCUAUCUAUCUCUCUAUCCCCAGCCUGUCUCGCUCGACUAUAUCCCCCAUGACGUCUCUCCUAUAUCCCCCAUGCCUGUCUUCUCUCUAUCCCCCAUGCUGUCUCUCUCUCUAUCCCCCAGGCUGUCUCUCUCUCUCUAUCACCCAUGCCUGUCUCUCUCUCUCAUCCCCAUGCCUCUCUCUCUCUCUCUCUCUCUCUCUCUCUAUCUCCUCUCUCUCUCUAUCCCUCUAUCCCCCCACAUGCUGUCUCUCGCUCUCUAUCACACCAUGCCGUCUCUCUUCUCUAUCCCCCAUGCCUGUCUCUCUCUCUACAUCCCCCAUGCAUUGUCUCUCCUCUCUCUAUACCAUGCCGUCUCUAUUCGCUCUCUAUCAAAUGCCUGUACUCUCUCUUAUCCCAUGCCUGUCUCUCUAUCUCUCCUCUCUCUAUCCCCCAGCCUUGUCUAUCUCUCUCUCUCUCUCUCUACCCCCAUGGCCGUCUCUCGCUCUAUCUAUACCCGAAUGCCGUCUCUCUCAAUAUCUCUAUCCCAUGCCUGUCUCUCUCUCUUAUCUAUCCCCCAUGCAUGUCUCUUCUCUCUCUUAUCCCCUAUUGCCUGUCUCUCUAUCUCUCUAUCCCAUAUGCCUGUCUCUCUCUCUCUAUCCCCCAUGCCUCUCUCUCUCUCUCUAUCCCCCAUGCCGGGGUUCUCUCUCUCUCUUCUAUCCCCCUGCCUCUCUCUCUCUCUCUCUCUCUCUCUCUCUCUCCUCUCAUCUCUCUCUCUCCUGUCCUCUUCCUAUCUCUCUUCUUCCUCUCUCUCUCUCUCUCUCUAUCCCCCAUGCCUGUCUCUCUCUCUAUCACCAUGCCGGUCUCUUCUCUCUCUAUCCCAUGUAUGUCUCUCUCUCUCUACCCCCUGCCUGUCUCUCUCUAUCUUAUCCCCAUGCCUGUCUCUCUCUCUCUCUAUCCCCCUGCCUGUCUCUCUCUCUCGCUAUAUCCCCAUGCCUGUCGCUCUCUCUCGCUCUAUCCCCAUGCACUGUCUCUCUCUCUCUAACCCCAUGACGGUCUCUCUCUCUCUAUCCACCAUGCCUCUAUCUCUCUCUAUCCCCCAUGCAUGGUCUAUCUCUCUCUCUUCCCCAUGCCUGUCGCCUCUUAUCUCUAUCCCCCAAUGCCUGUCUCUCUCUCUCUCUAUCCCCGCAUGUUUAUCAUAUAUCUAUACCCCAUGCAUCUCUCUCUAUCUAUAUCCCCCAUGCCUGUCUCUCUCUCUCUCCCCAUGCCUGUCCCUCUCUCUCUAUCCCCCAUGCCUGCCUUUAGCAUUUUUACAUCACCCAUUGAAAAGGUGUCUUCUACCAGUACCUUGGUAUGUGGUUGGAUGAUAAAGCUGUCCUACAAAGUUCAUGUAGAUAAUCUUGUGAGGAAGCUUAAACAGCAAUUUGGUUUUUCUUUUCGUAACAAGGCUUGCUUCCCCUUUGAGGCUAGAAAUAAGCUUUUUCAAGCCACUUUUCUCUCUGUAAUCGAUUAUUGUGAACUUGCUGUUAGGCAUGCAGCCUCCUCUGUCGUACCUAGACUGGACUCUGUUCAUCAUGCAUCCUUGCGCUUUAUUUCAAAUGCUAAGUCACUCACCCACCAAUGCACCUUGUAUCAAAUUGUGGUCUGGACCUCACUUUAUAUGACAGCUACAUUGGUAUGUGUUCAUCUACAAAGCCCUCUCUCUAUCCCCUAUGCCUGUCUCUCUCUCUAUCCCCUAUGCCUGUCUCUCUCUCUAUCCCCUAUGCCUCUCUCUCUAUCCCCCUAUGACUGCUACUCUCUAUCCCCAUUGCUGUCUCUCUCUCUCUCUCUCUAUCCCCUAUGCCUGUCUCUCUCUCUCCCCCAUGCAAUGUCUCUCUCUCUCUUCACCCAUUGCCUGUCUCUCUCUCUUACCCAUGCCUGUCUCUAUCUAUCCCACUAUCGCAUGUCUCUCUCUCUCUCUAUCCCCUCCCACCUUUUUUUUUUAUUGGCCUGUCUCUCUCUCUCUCUCUCCCCCAUGCCUGUCUCUCUCUCUCUCCCCCAUGCCUGUCUCUCUCUCUCCACACUGCCUGGUAUCUCUCUAUCCCAUAUGCCUGUCUCUCUCGCUCUGAUCUCCCCACCAGCUGUCUCUAUCUCUUAUUUUAUUACCCAAUGCCUUGUCGACCGUUCCUUCUAUUCUCCCAUGAACUUGUUUUUUUUUUUCUUGGUCUUUUCCCCGUUUUGUUCUUUUUUUUUGUCUUCUCUCUAUCCCUAUGCCCUAUCUCUCUCUCGAUUACCCAUGACCUCUCUCUCUCUCUCGCUCCCCAUGUGCCUCUCUCUCUCUUCUCUCCCCCAUUGAUUCUGUAUAUCUCUCUAUCUCUUUAUUCACUUACCCAUGCCUGCCUCUCUCUCCCUUCUCUACAAAGAACUUUCGGGAAAAUUUCCCUCUGGAGCCUGCUCAGCUCUACUACCUAGCAGUACCAGAAAGUUGGAGCCGGGUGAGAUCCGCUUCCGGUUUGGAGCCUUCUUUGCCUGUUUUAACUCUGUUCUAUUUGGUUAGGGCCUGUCGAUCCUCCUGGAUAUUCUGUUCCUGUUGGAGCCUGUGAUAUAGGUUCUGGAUUGGCUAGACUGUGGAUAUUCUGCGGCCUAUUGGUAGCCGGGUUAUCUGGGAAACUUGGAGCCUGUGAUACUGUUCACUUGGAGACAGAGUGAUUCUGUUUCCUAUUGGAUGCGGUGAGAUCUGUUCCCUGUUGGAAGCCUGUGAAUCGUUUCCUUUUUGUGAGCCUGUGAUAUCUGUUCUAGUGGAGCUCUCUUUGGUGUGUUAUUGUUCCUGUUGGAGCCUUUGUGCUGAGAUCGUUCCUCCCUGGAGCCGGGUUGAUAUCUGUUCCUGGUUGGAGCCAUGUUGAUAUUCCGUUCCGAUUGGCAGCCUGUGAUAUCUGUUUUCCUAUUGGAGCCUUGAGAUCGGAUCCUGUGGAGCACGUGCAUUAUUGUUCUUUGGAGCCGGUGAUAUCUGGUCCUAGUGGAUGCACGGUCUGAUAUUUCUGUUUUCCUAUUGCGAGCCCGUGAUAUCUGUUUUGUUGGAGCCUGUGAUAUCUGUUCCUAUUGGAGCCUGUGAUAUCUGUUUCCCGUUGGAGCCUUUUGAUAUCUGUUUCCGUUGGGGCCUGUGAUAUCUGUUCCUGUUGGAGCCGGGGAUAUCUGUCCUAGGAGCUGUGAUAUCUGUUCCUAUUGGAAGCCGGUGAUAUCUGUUCCUGUUGGAGCCUGUGAUAUCUGUUCCUAUUGGAGCCGGUGAUAUCUGUUCCUGUUGGAGCCUGUGAUAUCUGUUCCUAUUGGAGCCUGUGGUAUCUGUUCCUGUUGGAGCCGGUGAUAUCUGUUCCUGUUGGAGCCUGUGAUAUCUGUUCAUGUUGGCUGAAAGAGGAAACUUUCUAAACAAGUGAAAAGGAGAGAGCCAAGAUCCAGCGACGGAAAACAAUAAAAGGCUACUGUCUGGAAACAGCGGGAUGAUUAUUCCUUAACUCCUCCCCUAAAGUCUAUAUAAUCAAACUCAAAGCUGCCCUUGAUUUAUCCUAAUGAAAACACCUGGGAAACACCUGUAAAACCCACAUACAAUUGUUCCAAAUGUUGCUUAAAUACCCAAAAUGAAAACACACAUUGAAUACACUGUUCACCCUUUGGAUACAAUAAAUCGCUAGAAUCGGGAGGGGUGCUAGCGAGCCGGAACCUAAACUCCAACUCUAGAGACACCCAGGCUUUUCUCCCCGUCAGGGUUCAUUCAGUGGGCCCGCGCUGCGCGUCGGGUGCAUGCACUGGUGGAUUCUGGGGCCGCGGGAAACCUGAUGGACGCGGGGCUGGUCCAAGAGUGGAGUGUUCCGUUACCCUCUCCGAGCUGGUUCCGGUCAUGGGCCUGGACGGCCGGCCAUUGGGGUCAGGCUUCAUCACCCGGCGCACUGACCCUGUGCGUGUCCGGGUGGCAGGGGGGCAAUGGGAGGAUAUCCCCUCAUCUUCGGGCACCCCUGGCUGGUCGCCCACAAACCCAGGAUAGACUGGUCCACGGGGCGGCUCGCAAAUUUAGCUCCCUAGCCGCUCCCCUGACAGCCGGGUCCCUCACCCAGACAAGCGUACGCUCCUUCGCCUGGACCCCCGGAAGCGGGGAACGCAUUUGAUGAGCUGAAGCGGCGCUUUACAUCGCCCCCGGUCCUCAGGCAUCCUGAUCCGUCCCUGCCGUUCAUUGUGGAGGUGGAUGUUUCAGACGUUGCAGUGGGAGAAAUCCUGUCCCAGCGGUUCCUCACGGAUGGUAAGACUCAUCCCUGCGCGUUUUUCUCCCGUCGGCUGUCCCCGGUGGAGCGGAAUUACCAUGUGGGGAACCGUGAGCUGCUUGCGGUCAAGCUCGCCCUGGGGGAGUGGAGGCAUUGGCUAGAGGGGGCCGCUCAUCCAUUCAUCGAAUGGACUGACCACAAGAACUUAUCCUACAUUCAGGGGGCCAAGAGGCUCAACUCGCGCCAGACCAGGUGGGUGUUGUUCUUCACCAGGUUCCGGUUCACCAUCUCAUACCGUCCGGGGUCGAAGAACACCAAGCCUGACGCACUCUCCCGGCAGUUCAGUGGUCGCAUGCGUCCAACCUCACCAGCCAUCCGAAUGAGGUGCCAGGACAUUCCUGCGUAGGAGGUUAAGGUGGCCAUCUGCUGAGGGGGAUACGCGCGCCUUCGUGGCUGCUUGCCCGGUGUGCGCGUGCAUGAAGAGCUCACGUCAGCCCGCGGCAGGGCUGCUCUGACCCCUGCCUAUCCCCAAGCGUCCGUGGUCCCACAUCUCACUGGAUUUCAUUUCCGCCCUACCCCCGUCUGAUGGAUACAAAGUCAUCCUGGUCGUUGUGGACCGGUUCUCGAAGGCUGCCCACUUCAUUCCCCUUCCCAAACUUCCGCCGGGUGGCGGCUAAAUUGGUGGUGCAGCAUGUUUUCCGGGUCCAUGGCCUUCCCCAAGAUGUGGUGUCGGAUCGGGGCCCUCAGUUUGCCUCCAGGUUCUGGAAGGCAUUUGCCACCUGCCUUGGCGCCCCCGUCAGCUUGUCUUUCGGCUUCCAUCCCCAGACGAACAGGCAGACGGAGCGCAUCAACCAGGAUCUGGAGGGGGUGCUGAGGUGCUACGCCUCCAGCAACCCAGCUACGUGGAGUCAGCGACUUGCGUGGGCGGAGUACGCCCACAACACCCUUCUCUGCUCGUCCACCGGCCUGUUCCCCUUACAGUGCCAAUACGGGUACCAAUCCCCCCUAUUCCCCGAUCAAGUGGAGGAGGCGGCGGUCCCGUCGGUCCAGGCCCACAUUAGUCGCUGUCGACGUACCUGGAGGCAGGUACGGGCGGCGCUUAAGCGGGCCUCGGUCAGGUCUCAACAUCAGGCCAACCGCAGGCAUCGCCCGGCCCCGGUCUUUCUCCUGGGACAGAGGGUGUGGCUCUCCAUGCGGGAUCUUCCCCUCCGCGUGGAGUCCAGGAAGCUGUCGGACCAUUCUGAGUGGUCCGGCGAGUCAACCCAGUGGCCUACCACCUGCAACUUCCCCCCACCAUGCGGGUGCAUCCCACAUUCCAUGUGUCCCUCCUCAAGCCCGUCGCCACCUGCCGGCGGGUGGGGAGGGGUCUCCAAUUUCUGGUGGACUGGGACGGUUAUGGGCCGGAGGAGCGGUCCUGGGUGCCCAGGAAGGACAUUCUGGACCCAGGGCUGAUAACAACAUUCCGUCGCCUCCACUAGGAGGCGCCGAGAUGAACGGCUUGGGGGGGGGGCACUGUUACAGGAGGGGGUCGCAGUUCCGGAGCGACCCACUAGGUGUCAUCCUCCGACAACCUUAGGCACCUCCUCACUCACAGUCUGGACUAAUCAUGAUCCUAUUGGUGUCACCUGUGUCUACCUGUUCACCUGUGUCUACCUGUUCACCUGUGUAUUUAUGCCCUCACUUCCCUGUGUUCCCUUGCUCAGUUCUCUCUGCUAGUUUCACUAUGCCAAGCAGUACUAAUCAGUGUCUGAUCGCGGGAUGAAUGGACAGGUACGUGAGAAGUGUUCUCCCUGUUUAGUUAUUAUUUCAGUCACAGUUAGUAUUUCGUAUCUUGGCUGGCAGUUUUUUGGAGUCUUAUUUGCUCCGCCUUUCUUUUUCGUGUAAAGUCUGUUGUUUUAUAUCCUGGCUUCGGGACCACCAGUAAAGAUCCUUGUUUCACCAUCUCUGCCUACUGCCUACUGUCUAUCCUGCACCGCAUCUGGGUCACACCUACAUUUACAUUUUAGUCAUUUAGCAGACGCUCUUAUCCAGAGCGACUUACAGUUAGUGAGUGCAAUACAUUUUCAUACUGGAAAAUGUUCAUACUCACACCUCACACCAACCCUUACAUAUAUCGCGUUUUGUAAUGAAACUCUUCAAAUGUUUCCUGCAGGCUGGAUCAGCUCUUAAUGUCGUGUUGUAGGGCUGUUUGUAUGUUUAAUGUUGUAAUGUUGUAUUGACUGCUGAUGUUUCCUUGGCCAGGACUCCAUUGCAAAAUAGACCCUGUGUCUCAAUGUUUUUUCCUGGUUAAAUAAAGGUUAAAUAAAUACAAAUUAAGAGGAUUCUGGACUCAACAAACAAUGUAUAACUUAUUAUGUAACUCCUUCUAGAUCAGGAGAUAACGGCACCUUUCUGUUUCCAUAAUAAAUAUAAUUGUCCUUGAUCAGACUUGGCUCAGUCUGGAUUCACUGUUGACAUAGACAGAUUAACUGGGGCCUAGAGAUUUACUGUUGACUGAGGUUAACCGGGGCCUAGAGAUUCACUGUUGACUGAGGUUAACCGGGGCCUAGAGAUUCACUGUUGACAUAUAUUAACCGGGGCCUAGAGAUUCACUGUUGACAUAUAUUAAAUGGGGCCUAGAGAUUCACUGUUGACAGAUUAACUGGGGCCUAGAGAUUCAAUGCGAACAGCUAGCUACAGCAUAUACUUUAUCAGAGCAAUUCACUCAAUAUUCUUGAUACAAGCUGCGUACCAAAUGGCACACUAUCUCCUAUUCAGUGCACUGGUCUAAAGUAGUGCACUAUAAAGGGGAACAGGGUGCUAUUUGGGACACACCCAUACUUCUUCGGUUGUCUGGUUUGGCCUGUAUAUUAAUGAACCCUUUCAUUGUCUGAUCAUUUGAUUGACAGGCGGUGGACUCUCGGGACUCGGUUGCCAUGGCGUUGUACUCCCAGUCUUUCUCCUGGAUCAUCACACGGAUCAACCAGAAGGUCAGAGGGAAGGACAACUUCAAGUCCAUCGGCAUCCUCGACAUUUUCGGCUUCGAGAACUUUGAGGUAGCUUUGUGUUUUUAAAGUAGUAGACCCUGCAGUAUUUGAAGGAAGUUGGCAAGGAUUAGAGCACAAACAGAUCUGGGACCAGGCUAGGAUAGUAUGGUUCUGUUAGUGAUGUUACAGAUCUGGGACCAGGCUAGGAUAGUAUGGUUCUGUUAG